UAACAUGAAAAAUACCCAUAUUAUCUCCUCAAGUCCAUGUUCUAGAUGCUCCAUCCCACCAACCUUGUAACAGUGAGGGAUGGUGUGACCUUCCUGUGUGGAAUCCCGGGAAUACAGAGGACGGGGACAUCUCUCUGGUGGGUUCCUGUGAUUGUUCCUCAUCUACCUGAUGAUGGUGAGGGAUGGUGUGACCUUCCUGUGUGGAAUCCCAGGAAUACAGAGGACAGGGACAUCUCUCUGGUGGAUUCCUGUAGCUGGAUGACUCCACCAUGGUGUCCUGGUACAGAUCUUUGUGAUCCUUUGGACGCUCUGACUCCUCCAUCCCCCCAUCCU